ACGUUCGGUUCUGACGCCCCCCGUUCCGACAUCCCCACCUUUCGUCGAUUCGAUCUGUCGCGAUCACUUUGCGCAGCUCUCCCGGCUCUCGAUUUCCUAUUCUCCCAACACUUUUUCACCCACCAACCUGGCAGGCGGCAAGCGGCGCAGUCUCUCCUCUCAGGGAGGUCUGCUGAAUAGGAUGUUUGGCUCCAGCACCGGAGGCUCGAAACCUGAGAAGCCCGAGGCCAGCACCGUCUCCGAUCCGUCGCCCGGCGCCCCGAAGGAGAAGGCCGAUUCCAAGUCGCCGUCCCCGGACAAGGAACCCGGCGGCGCUGACCGUUCCUCCCCGUCCCCAGUCAAGUCCUCGGACCAGGCCGCCAGCGGCGAGAAGCGGAGCGGCAAUGGCAGCCCUCCGAGUGCGGGCAGCUCGGCGGAGCAGAAGAAACGGCGGAGCACUGGGGUGAGCGGCAAAGCCAGCAGCCUGAUAGCCCAAGCCAAAAACACCCUUUUUACACAAGUCGGGACUCGUGCCAACAGCGAUCUGGGUGCUGACUCAAAGACGUCUAACCAGACUCCCCUGCAGAAGCUGGGCAAGCAGGACCAGGCUCUUGCCGUGCCCCAGGGCCAGCACAACAAUGCCGCUGGCGAGUCGCUUCCUGGUUCUCGAUCUACCUUCCGAGUCGGCGUUUGGGAGGAUAGGAACAAAAAGUGCAGACGAACCAUGGAGGACACCCAUGCCUUCCUCUACAACUUCCUCCACACCCCAGCGCCCGCGCUCGGGGCGGAGAGCGGUGGCCAGGCUCAAACCCAGGCCAAAAGCGCCACCGUUGCCGGCGAAGGAGAUGACGGGCCUGGCCCAGACCAGGACAUGAUAGAAACCGACAACGGGUAUUUCGCCAUCUUUGACGGACACGCGGGCACCUUUGCUGCGGAUUGGUGUGGGAAAAAGCUGCAUAUAAUACUGGAAGAAGUCAUCCGGAAACACCCGAAUGCUCCUAUACCGGAGCUCCUCGACCAGACCUUUACUGCCGUCGAUGCGCAGUUGGAGAAGCUGCCCCUAAAAAACAGCGGCUGCACGGCUGCCAUCGCUGUGCUCCGCUGGGAAGACCGAGUGCCGAGCGCCUUGUCUGCGACCGGAUCCCAGGCCAUCGCGCCCGCUCUCGCCAAAGCAGCGGAGGAAGCUUCCAAGUCCGAGGAGUCGUCCACCCUCGCAGCCCCGGAUGCUGCUCACGCGAAAUUGAAGAGCGCAGCUCUCAGGCAACGUGUUCUGUACACCGCCAACGUCGGGGAUGCCCGGAUCAUUUUGUGUCGUCAGGGGAAAGCACUGCGCUUGUCGUACGAUCACAAGGGUAGCGAUGAGAACGAGGGGAAGCGUAUCACGAACGCUGGAGGGCUGAUAUUGAACAAUCGCGUCAACGGCGUACUUGCUGUCACUCGCGCCCUCGGUGACACGUAUAUGAAGGACCUCGUCACCGGGCACCCCUAUACCACCGAGACCGUCAUCCAGCCGGACCUGGACGAGUUUAUCAUUAUCGCCUGCGAUGGCCUUUGGGACGUUUGCUCGGACCAAGACGCAGUCGAUCUCGUCCGUAACGUAUCGGACCCGGCCGCGGCAGCCAAGCUUUUGGUCGACCAUGCCCUCUCGCGCUUCAGCACCGACAACCUGUCUUGCAUGAUUGUCCGCCUUGACAAGCAAGCGCUCCUCGAAAACCAAAACAACAAAGAGAAGGCCAUCGGUGUGGAGGGCGACACCACCGCCGUUUCUGGCAAGGUUAGCGAGGCGGAGAAGAUUCUCAAGACCACGCAGGCCAAAAUUGCCGAGGGCGGCGGCGAGCCUGUGGGUGUCUCCGCGAGCAACAGCGGCAAGGGACACGAGCCCUCCCAAGCGGAGGAUGGGGAGAUGGGGUUCGUCCCGACUGUGAUCGAGGGCCCCGUGGAGGAGGAACCGGUUUCCAUUGAAGAGUCACCCGAAGUGACCUUGCCCGUCCCGGAGGACAUGCAGGUGGAUUCCCCGGCGGACACGACCAACGACGCGGCGCCGAAGAGUACCUAGAGGAUACCCGCGUUUCUGCGUCGUCUGAAACCCUCGGGGGUCGCUUGGGACCGAGUGAGGGCUUGGCUUAUGUGAGGAGUCUGCUCUAUUUGUACGGUAGAGUGCUCUGGCGGAGCAAUGUUUCGAGCAGCUUGGGCAACAGGGCGGCAAACGUUGUUGUCGUGUUUAUCAUUGCGGGCUGGGGGUGGUAGGAUAGCACUGGGCAUCACUUUUUUCAGCAUGACAAGGGCAGCUCCGCGAAUACUUGUUUUACAGAACCGGGAGCACGUAGGCGGAACUGGAUUGCAACGUUUUGGCUUGCUUGUUAUUUGUAGGCUAGGUGUG